AUGGCAGAGAUUGUCCUGUCAGGUGUUGUUGAUAGGAUCAUCCACGGUUUGGGUUCUGCGGCUGUGCAUGAAAUUGCAUUGCUGUGGGGUGUAAAUGAUGAGCUCUCGGGACUACAAGAAACCAUUUCAACAAUAAAAGCUGUACUGCUUGAUGCUGAGAAGAAGCAGUUCCAUAACAAUGAAGUCCGAGCUUGGCUGAAGAGGCUUGAAAAUGCUUUUUAUGAUGCUGAUGACUUGGAGGAUGAGUUCAACACCGAGGCAGCUCUGCCAAAACAAAGGAUGCUUGGAAGUACUGAGAUGACCAAGCUUGGUUGCAGAAUAAAAGCUAUCAAGGAUAGACUAGAGGCAAUUAGAAAAGAUAGAAAAUUCCAUUUGGAUGAGACAUGUAAGGAGACUAAAGUUGAAACUACAAAAGGAAGGGAGACUCACUCAGAAAAACCUGAAAAGGAAGCAACUAGGAGGGAUAAAGAUAAAAUGGCAAUCGUGGAACGGUUGUUGGAUCCAAAGAUUGAAGAGAAUAUAUUUGUCGUUCCCAUAGUUGGUUGUGGAGGAUUAGGAAAAACCACACUUGCUAAACUUCUGUUCAAUGAUGACAAGAUAAAGCAAUUGCAAAAGGGUCCCCUUCUAUAUAAGGACAUAGAAAGCCUAGAGAUGGAUCAAUUGCAAAAGCGUCUUCAAAAAGAGAUAGUUGGAAAAAAAUAUCUUCUUGUACUUGAUGAUGUAUGGAAUGAGAAUCGUGAAUUGUGGUUAGAAUUGAAAGGUUUGUUAGCAAAAUGUGCAAAAGGAAGCAGAAUAAUACUAACUACUCGUAGUAUAGUGGUAGCAGAGAUUACAAGCACAAUGAAACCAUAUAUUUUGGAGAGAUUAGAUAAAGAAGAGUCUUGGUCUCUAUUUAAAAAUGUGGCAUUUAGGCAUGAUCAAAUGUCUAAUGAUUCCAAAAUUUCUGAAAUUGGAAGGGAGAUUGUUGACAAGUGUGGAGGGAUUCCUCUCGCCAUAAGGAAAAUAGGAAGAAUGUUGUAUAAUAAAAAUCCAAACACAGAGUGGUCCUCCUUCCGUAGAAAGGAAUUUUCAACAAUUGAUCAGGAAAAAAAAUGA